AUGCAUCGACAAGACGAACAUGGAUUUGGUGGCGGAGGCGGUCGAGGUGAAUAUCACGGAGGAGCCGGUCAGGGUGGCUAUCAAGGAGGCAAUCGGUUACCGUCAGAAUCGUCAGAAAUGGGUCGGAUGGGAAUGAGCCGAAAUCGCGAUUACGACGACAGACAACCCCCAAGAAAUCAGCAACGCCCAAAUGAUUGGAAUGGACGUGAUGGUGCUGCGCGUCACCGUGAUGGCGGCGAACAACGAGAACACGGAAGCCGGCAAUACGAUCGCCAAGAACAAGAAGAUCGUCACCGACCUCGACAAGAAGCUUUUCAACAAGAUCGCCGCCCGGAGAAUCGCUCACAAGAACAGCAAAGUGCUUUUCACGAUCGUCGUCAGGAGAAUUACCAAUCAAAUUCGCGUCCGUAUGAACAGCGCCGCCCAGACUAUGAGAAUGGUGGAAAGGCCUAUGGAGGGAACCGUGAGAGUGACUUCGUUCAGCGCAGAGAUCUAUACCAAGGAGGGGACCGCAGAAAUGGUUAUGGCGGACAAUUUGAAGAAAGCCGCAGUGGCGGAUUUGGUGGCCCAAAUAGAACCGGUAAUGGAUUUGGAGGCGAUGAUAGUGGUGAUGGUCGACAAGGUCGUGGAAACGAUGGAGGAUUUCACCGAGGAGCUCGAGACGAGCGCGGUGGAGACGGCGGCGGACGUGGUGCUUUCCGUGGAGGAAACACAGGAGGCUUUGGAGAAAGAGGAAACACGGGAGGUUUCGGAGAAAGGGGAAACACGGGAGGCUUCGGAGAAAGAGGAAACACGGGAGGUUUUGGAGAAAGAGGGAACACAGGAGGCUUCGGAGAAAGAGGAAACACAGGAGGCUUUGAAAGAUCGUCGCGUGGUGGCUUCGGUGGUGGAUCAUCGGUGGGUGGUGGCUUUGGUGGCGGCGGGGGACGAGACGGCUUCACUCGUGGUGGCAGCACAAAUGGUGGCCGGGGUGGAUUCGGAAGUGGCGGCGACUACACGCGAUCUUCACGCGACGAUGGUGUCGGAUUCUCGCGCCCGGACAAUGCUCGCGGCUUCUCACGCCCAGACAAUACAGGAUUUGGCAGGUCUCAGAAUAUUGAUGACGAUGACAACGCAAAUGGUGCCUCAAAGUUUUCGAGAGGCGAAUCGUUUGUGCCGCCGGGGGCAAUGCGGACAUUCGAAAGAGGAGGUGGAGGAAAUACCUAUGAGAUGGGACCCCGAGCUCCAGCAGGAUGGAGACCGGAUAAUGUCAACGUCGACAAUCUUUACAAAAUCGACCAAGAGAAUGUGAAAGACUCUAUCUAUGGUGACGAUUCAGAGGUCACCGUGGAUGGCUCUGACAACCAAGAUAGGUUCAAAACCUGGGAGAGUUCACCAUUGGAUCGACGAAUCAGCCUAAUCUGCAAGGAAAAAUGUGGAUAUCCUCAACCACGAAACAUUCAAAGCGCUUUCAUUCCACAGGUUUUGGCCGGCUACGAUGUACUUGGACAAGCUGAGACUGGCUCAGGAAAAACGGCUGCAUUUUCUCUCCCCAUCAUCAAUCUCAUCUUGCAAAAGAAAGAAACUGGGGAAAACAAGCCCGCCAAUGCGCCGUACGCGCUCGUCCUGUCGCCGACCCGAGAGCUCACAGAGCAAAUCUACCAACAGUUUAAGAAGUUCUCCAAUGACCUCGGGAUCGACGUGCACAGAUCCUACGGGCAACUUGCUCGCUUCUCAUCUGUCUCUGAAAUCAAUCAAGGAUGCGAUAUCCUUGUUGGAUGCAUCGGCAGAAUUCUAGACUUGAUUCAAAAAAACGACGUCUCCCUCAAACACGUCAUGUUUUUUGUCUUGGACGAAUGUGAUCGCCUGCUUAGUCCCAAGGACCUCCCUGACAUCAUGGAAAUUGCCGACAAAAUGCCAAUCCCCGCAAAACGGCAAACUCUCAUGAUGUCAGCCACAUUCACAUCAGAUUUUAAUUCUAUUGCCGACAAACUUAUUAAUCAAAAACGGAAGUGCACAAUCAGAGCAUCCAAUCUCAACAAAAAAAUCACUCACGAGUUUCACAAGGCUUCUGGUGUCUUAGAGAAAAAUCAAAAGAUGAUUGAGAUUCUCCAGAAAGAAUUCGUCGAAGCGAAGUCAAAGGGGAUGCUGAUGCCAAGGACGUUGAUAUUUGUGAAUCGAAAAUUGAAGGCCCAAUGUACGGCUGCAGAAAUCUGCAAGAUGCGGAUCUGUGAUGCGGAAAGCAUUUGCGCCGACAACGAUCAAAAGGCACGAAAUAGAAUCAUGAAAGGAAUUGAGGAUGGAACUAGUCGAGUUUUGGUCGGAACGGAUUUAUGUGAAAGAGGUUUGGACAUCAACAAUCUGGAUGUUGUGAUCAACUUUGAUAUGCCACCAGUCGCCGAUCGUUACACACAUCGAACUGGACGAACAGGACGCAACAAGCCGGGAAAAGCCUACAGUAUCAUUGACGAGGCCGACGAUGAAGGACUAAAAGAUUUGGCCGAGAUUGUGAAGCGAGUCAAAGGUGUUGGGCAAGAGGUUCCUGGUUGGCUCGUUGAAUUGGCUGAUCGAAGAGGAAGCUCGUGGGGUGGUGGUGGUAUGCGAUCUGGUGGCUUCUCGGAGGGACGAUUUGGCGGCAGCCGAGGAGCUGGCGGAGGCGGAGGAUUUGGUGGUGGAGGCUUUAAAAAUAAUGGAGGUUUCUCCGAUGGCGAUGAUUUGGAUUGGGGCGAUGAUGAAGUCGUCAAGAAGAUCGACGAGAUCAAAUUUGCUGAUGACGCACCAAAGCCAGAGAAUGGCACGAAGCCAACUCCUGUUGAGGCAAAGGUGGUCGUGGAGUCAAAGAAAGAGACCGAAGCUCCAGCAAACAACGACGAGUGG